AUGGAUACCUCCAACCACCCAAAUGCACGUAGUUUGAGGGAGUUUGACAUACAUAACCCAGCAGAAAUAGAAGGGGUCCAAAUUUUAAAACACUGCUACAACGAAUUUAAAAUAGACAUAUCAUUUUUUAUAAAAUUGCAUGAAAAGAAAACGAAUGUUUAUAAGUUAAAGAGUGAUUACGUUAAUUUGAUUUCAAGUACAUAUGUAAAUAAAACAAAAACAAUGCAUAAGUAUAAUAGAACUCAGGAAAAUGCAACUAUAACGGAAUUGGAAUACCCUCAUAUUUAUGUGAGUACAGUAGAGGUUAACAAAAAGUCAUUUACUGGCGAUGAGAAAUACAUAGAAAAAGAGGAAGAAAAAAUAGAAAGAGGAAUAGGGGAAGUAGUAAAAGAAGCGGGGGAAGGAGUGAAAGAAGCAGGGGAAGGAUCUGAAGAAACCAUGGAGGAAGUGAAAGAAAACUAUAUUGCACAAAUGCAUAGGAGUCGAAGAGAGAUAAAAAUAAACAGAUAUAACAAAAAAUAUUUGGGAGUUUUGUUAAACUUCAAUACGUUAGAAGAAUUUUUAAAUGCUAAAAGGAAUGAGCAUAUUAACUAUGCCUUGAAUGAUAUAAGGUCAUAUUUAAAAGAGCAUAAUUGUGUCGAAAGAAGUAAGGAAGGCAGAAAGGAGGAGAGUAUAUAUGAUGACUCUUUUUGGGAAUAUAAAGCAGGUGAAUUAAAUUUUUUUGAAAAAAUAAACAAAUACUUGAUAUUGAGUUACUUGGACUUAAAAACGUUCAUAUGUUACUAUAGUAUAGCAAAUCCUAUUAUAAAACCUGAUGAAGAUUAUAAGUUAAUAACACCAUUUGAAAGAAUAUUUUUUUACAUAGAUUCAAGAACAUUGUAUUUAAAUAAUGAUAAGAGAGGGUUUAACAUUACAGAUUUGCUUUAUUUGUCCUAUAAUAUUGAUACAUAUUUUGAUAAUUUUAAAAUGUUCAUAAAAUCUAAUAUAUUUCUUUUACUCAAAUUUGACAGUAAUAAUAAUACUAUUCGUAAAUUUAACUAUACACAAUAUUAUAGCACAUGUUUAUACAACAUGUGCUUGUACACUAACGGUAGAGCCGUUCGCAGUAAAAGAGAGAAAGAAUUUUACCAAAUAAAUAACUUUAAAAAGUUGUUUGAAUAUUUGUCUAGCAUCAAUUGGGGGAAAGGAAAUAGGGGCCACAUGAAUGAAUGGAAGAAAGAGGAAUGGAAAAAACGGAAGGAGGAAGGGGAGGAGAAACGGGAGGAUAACUGCGUUAGUGAACUGUGUCAAAACCUCGAUAUGGUAAUCCUCCCCAUAACCUGCUUAAGCGAGUUGAAAGAAGACAUCAAAAAUUCAAAAGAUAGAGUAUUAAAAAAUAUUAAAAAGGAUAUUUUUGAUUUAUACAUAUGUGUGAUUGACCCCAAUUACACACAUAAUUCUUUGGGUUGGGACUUUAGAAACUUCUUAUAUUUUUUUUCAAAAAAAUACGAAUUAUAUAAUUUCGAAAUAGAUUUAUUAGCUUUUAGAGACCUUUCUUUAUUAUCUGACGAAUGUGUGUGUAAAUUUAAUAUGGAAAAAGAAUUAUUAUGGAUAUAUCCUAUACAUAAUAUAAGGGGGGUAAAUACAAAUAACAGAGAUUAUACAUCUCCCUACGUGUCAAACAUUUGCAAAGUGAAUUAUACCAAUAUAAAUAAAAACAAUUCAAAUGGAUGCAUAAAUGAAUACUCUACGAUGAAAAAAGAAGAGUGUAAAGAUAGAGAAUCCAUACACACAAAUAACAGUAUUUUUGUUUGUAUGAACAUGGACGAUAUUGAUAAGUCCCUUAUUGGUAAAACUACUGGAAAUACUUCUUCAUUUAAUGAUAAUACGAAUGUGUGUAAUGGGAUUACAUGUAAUACUGCUACUGCAAUAGAUUCAAACGCAACUAAGGCAUUCGAAAUUAUAAAUGAAAAGAAACCACUGGUUAAAUAUUUCUUAAAUUCGUCUAUAUUUAAAAUUAAGUUUCCAAACAAGCACAGUUUUGAAGAGGGACCAAAGAAACUUAAUUUCAGCAGAGAUGAAAAAUGUACCUAUGGAGAUACCGACAUUAGAAGUAUAAACCUAAUGACAAAUUGUUCCUUUGAAUGUACUGCAAAAUUAGAUUUAUCAGUUAAUACAAAAUUGGAAAACAGGGAAAAGAGUAAGGAUAAAAACACAUCAUCUUGCUCCAUUUUGAUUUCAUCCAACUCGAAUAAGCAUAUUAUGAGGAACAAUUCGAAGUAUGAAAUAAUAUCAGGCUGGAAAACUUAUGAAAAAGUAAUACAUGGAACAAAAAAACAAAGCAUAAUUUAUGUUAUAAAUUUGAACGAUUUCUUAAAUAAAAAUACAAUUCAAAGAAUAUCUGUAGAAUUAAAUAUAAAAUUGAUAAAAUGGAAAAUUUUAAAAGAUUUAAAAUUUGAAAAAAUUAAAAAAUUGAAAAUAUUAAUUAUAGGACUAGGUACAUUAGGUUGCAUGGUUGCUAGAAACUGUGUAUCUUGGGGAAUACAGAAUUUUACAUUUAUUGACAAUGCACGUGUCUCUUAUUCUAAUGUAAGUAGACAGUACUUAUAUACCAUUGCAGAUGCAGAACGGUAUGGCAAUUUGGGUGAGUAUAAAUGUAUUGCUGCUAAAAAUAAUUUAUUAAAAAUUUCACCUGACAUAAAUAUUACUGCUAAGGUUAUGGAUAUUCCUAUGCCGGGGCAUUUAAAUUAUUUAAAGGAUAAAAAUAUAGAGAAUAAAAUGAAAGAAUUAGACGAGUUAAUUGAAAAUCAUGACGUGGUUUUUUUAUUAACGGAUUCAAAAGAAUCGAGAUAUUUUCCAUGUCUCUUAAUAGCAGAAAAGCAAUACAACUGUUUGAAAGAAAUAAGAAAAAUUGUAACACAUGAUACCCCCAAACAAGUAGUCCAUUCGGAUACUACUUCCGAUACUAAUACUCAUAUUGCAUAUACAGACCAUGUUACCUAUACAUAUCAUACAAAUGUAUAUAAAAAGAGUGGUUUAUCAAACGAAGGCAAUUUUGAUAGGAACACAUUUUAUAAUAAUAUUCUUACCAAUGUAAAAAAAUUACCGAAAAUGCCUCCCCUAGGUAUAACAGUAGCUAUUGGAUUUGAUUCCUUUCUUGUUCUAAGACAUUCAUUUUUAUAUUUUAAAGCUGCUUGUUAUUUCUGCAAUGAUAUGCAUUCUCCAUCCGAUUCGUUAACUUACAGAACGUUGGAUGAAAAAUGUACCGUCACUAGGAGCGGAAUAAGCACUAUUAGUAGUGCCAUGUCUACAGAAUUAUUAAUAUCCUUAACUCAACAUCCUCUCUAUUUUUUUGCCCCACACUCAGACCAAGAUCAGUAUAUUUAUAACUAUGACAGUAACAACAAAUCUGUAAAUAAUGAUGAAACUAAAAAAACGAACCUUUCAAAUUCAUUCAUUUCCUGUUUGGGUGCCACUCCUCAUAUACUUACAUUCAAUUUAGCAAAUUUUUCGAUCAAAAAGCUGUUUAGCCAUGCAUUUGAAAAAUGCCUGUGCUGUUCGGAGAACGUUAUUUCACUUUAUCAAGAAGACAAAAUGGACUUCAUCAAAAAUGUUAUUAGUGAUAGUCUAGUACUAGAAAGAGUUACAAAUAUAGGUCAAUUAAAAGUACAGGAAAAUGAUGUAAUUCUCCUGGACUAA